GUUCACAUUUUAUAUCUUUCAUUUCCCCCCAUCCCCCCACCUCACUCUCCAUCAUGUCCGAGCCUGCAAAAUCCGAUGUCCCAAAACCUGUUGAGAAACCCCGUCUGACAACCGAGGCAGAUGUAACCAAAUAUAAGACUGCCGGAGAUAUCGUUAACGAUGUGAUGAAGAAGCUGAUCGAUCUCUGUGUCGAGGGUGCAAAGAUCAUCGAUAUCUGUAUCGAAGGCGACAAGCUCAUCGAAGAGGGCACAGGAGCCGUGUACAACAAAGCUGUCAAAGGCGUAAAAGUUAGCAAGGGUCUUGCCUUCCCUACCUGUGUGUCUGUAAACAACGCUGUUGCACACUACUCUCCCCUUGCCUCCGAUCCCUUAUCUUCUCAAACCCUCGCCAAAGACGAUGUCGUCAAACUCCACAUCGGCGCACACAUCGAUGGUUUCGCUGCCAUCAGCGCAGAGACCCUCGUUAUUGGUGCAACAGAAGAAAACCCUGUGACGGGUCGACGUGCAGAUGUCUUAAAGGCGGCAUACAACGCAGCUGAGAUUGCGAUGAGACUGGUCAAAGUCGGAAACAAGAAUUAUGCAGUUACCGACACUGUAGCAAAGGUGGCCGCUGCCUGGGACUGCAAACCAGUCGAAGGCAUGCUGUCUUGCCAACAAACCCAGAAUGUCAUUGAUGGAAAGAAGCGUAUUAUCUUGAACCCCAACGAAACUCAGAGGCGGGAUUGCGAAACCGUUACGUUCGCAGAAGAUGAAGUGUAUGGCAUCGACAUCUUGAUUUCCUCAGGCGAGGACGGCAAGGCCCGAGUUGAGGACUCGCGAACCACCAUUUAUCAGAAAGAAGGCUCCGUCACAUAUCAGCUCAAGAUGAAAAACUCGCGUGCAGUGUUUUCUGAGGUACAAAAGAAAGCUGGCGCAUUCCCAUUCAAUGUUCGUGCGCUUGAAGACGAGAAGAGAGCUCGCUUAGGUUUGCAAGAAGCUGUUCAACACAGUCUUAUCAAGCCUUACGACGUUGUCUAUACUCCCGCAAAUACUUUUGUUGCAGCAUUCCACUUCACCGUUGCACUGCUCCCUGCCGGACCUCUGCUUAUUACGCAUCCCCCACUGUGGUACAAGCCUGAGCUCGUGAAGACUGACAAGGAGUUGGAGGACGAAGAGCUGAAGGCUUUGUUAACGAAAUCACUGAGGGAGAGCAAGAAGAACAAGAAAAAGGCCAAGGCUGAGGCUGAGGCCGCUGAUGGAGCAGAGUCGAAGUGAACCAAAAGAAGUCUCAACAGGCCAUUAUUAUUGAAACAUAUAUAACAAACCGAGAGACUUGACGCUCACGGACCUGAUUGUAUUAUCCGUCGCCAGUGGGGAUGUAAGAACAGAGUACUACUACAAAUGAUGAAAUGGUGAUUUGGCCAGCGGUGUUCCACUGUUCCAGUCGAAAAGUCAAAAAUGUCUAUUUUAUAUGAAUCAUUGGCGUGCGUGUUGCUCUGCUUCUUCUCCAAACUCUCCUAUUGUCCGAACCACCAGGUCUAACUUCUCGAGGAAGCCGUUUAUCGUGAGUCUCGCCAGCCGGAUGGUCAGCGUCUUGAAUGUCACGACCAGUUGAUCGCCAUCGACGCUUAGAUCGCGUUUCACGGCGUGGGGCUGCAGCUCAGCAUCAACAUCAAUGACCUGCUUUGCGAUGGUGGCAUGCUUGGUGCUUGCAAAGGGAACGCGGACGGUCAAUGUAUGCCAUGUCGAAUCAUCGGUGGACAUGAUGACGGUUUCAAUUACGAAACCUUC